UCAAAGAGUGGGCGUGUCGGAGCGGGAGCACAACAGGAGCAAACACAUCAGAUACCUUCGCUUACGUAUAAUGGCCGCUGGCUCGAGCUCCGUGAGGAUUCUCAUUAAAGGCGGGCGGGUCGUUAAUGAUGAUGUCACUCAGGAGGCGGAUGUUUACAUCGAGAGCGGGCUCAUCCAGCAGGUGGGGCGGGAUCUGAUGGUUCCGGGCGGAGCCAAAGUGAUUGACGCGUCCGGGAAGCUGGUAAUUCCAGGCGGCAUCGACUCCAGCGUUCACCUGCAGCAGACCUUCAUGAACGCAAACACACUGGACGACUUCUACAGCGGCACCAAGGCGGCGCUGUUGGGCGGCUCGACGAUGGUGAUCGCUCACGUUCUGCCCGAGAGAGAAGCGUCCCUGCUGGAGGAGUUUGAGAAGAUCCGCGCUCACGCCGACGCAGAAGCCUGCUGCGAUUACGCACUGCACGUGGGCGUCACCUGGUGGGGACCGAAGGUGCGCAGGGAGAUGGAGGUGUUGGUGGGAGAGAAAGGCGUUAACUCCUUCCAGAUGUUCAUGGCGUAUAAAGAUGUGCUGAUGCUGAAGGACUCGGAGCUCUAUCAGGCGAUGCACACCUGUAAGAACAUCGGAGCCGUCGCUCGCGUCCACGCCGAGAACGGAGAACUGGUGCACGAGGGGGCAAAAGAGGCAUUGGAUCUGGGCAUCAGUGGUCCUGAGGGGAUGGAGAUCAGUCGACCAGAGGAGGUGACAGACCCGACAGUGUGUUUGGAGGCAGAGGCCACACACCGAGCCAUAACCAUCGCAAACAGGGCUCACUGUCCAGUGUACUUGGUGAAUGUCUCCAGUGUGUCUGCUGCUGAUGUCAUCGCUGCCGCUGGGAUGCAGGGCAAGGUGGUUCACGCCGAGACCACACUGGCUCAUUCGGCGCUGAGCGGCAUGCAUUACUAUCAUCAGGACUGGGCUCAUGCCGCCGCCCACGUCAUAGCUCCGCCCCUCCGGCUCGACCCCAGCACCCCCGACUGCCUGAUGGGCCUGCUGGGCAAUGACAUCAUCAACGUGGUGGCGUCGGAUCACCGCGCGUUCAACACCAAGCAGAAGGCCAUGGGGAAGGAAGACUUCACCAAGAUCCCUCACGGAGCGGCCGGCGUGGAGGACCGCAUGAGCGUCAUCUGGGAGAGAGGAGUGGUCGCUGGUAAGAUGGAUGAGAAUCGCUUUGUGGCCGUGACAAGCUCGAAUGCGGCUAAGAUCUAUAAUCUGUACCCGCGGAAGGGCCGCAUUGUCCCGGGAGCGGACGCUGAUGUGGUGGUGUGGGACCCGGACGCCAGCCGGACGAUCUCGGCGAGCACUCAGGUUCAGGGCGGAGACUUUAACCUGUACGAGGGCCAGCGCUGUCGCGGCGUCCCGCUGGUGACCAUCAGCCGUGGUCGUCUGGUGUGUGAGAGCGGCGUGUUCACCUGCGCUCAGGGCUCCGGGAGGUUCUACCCCAUGCGAUCCUUCCCGGAUUUCCUCUACAAGAAGAUGGUCCAGAGAGAGAAGGAGCUCAAGUGGACGAUCACAUUCCUAAGAGAUCCUCGGCCAGAAUUCUGGCUCCACCUGGUGGACGUUCCAGUGGCAUCUGGUAACCGUGGAAACCGCAGAACCGUCUCCACGGCGACCGCUUCACGUCCUCCUACGCGAAACACGGGAACUCUUGUGCUGAGAAUCACGUCACAGAUCCACCUGCCCUCUUUUAGAUGA